UUGCCGAGAGCUAUACAAGGUGUACUUCAUUUUUCUCUGGCUUCUUCUGUUGCUGAUCCUUCUGGGGUGAGUUAUCAAACAAAUUAAGAACCUGGCCUGAAAGAUUUGAUGGCUCAUCAUCAUCUCCUCUUCACCUUGUUUCUCUUGGGCUUUUUCACUGCAAAUCAUGCAUGCGACCAAAUAGAUCGGGUCUCUCUCUUGUCCUUACCCUUCAAUACAUCUUCUCCUCAAUUAAAUUGGUCUUCUUUUGAUUGUUGCUAUUGGGAAGGUAUUUCUUGUGAUCAUAACGGUAAGGUCACCCGUAUUUGGUUACCCUCUAAACACCUCAAAGGGAGUAUAUUCCCCUUUCUUGGAAACCUCACACGGCUCACUCACCUCAAUCUCUCCCACAAUUCUCUUUCAGGAGCUCUCCCUACUGGAUUCAUUUCAUCCUUGAAUCAACUCAAAAUCCUUGAUUUGAGCUACAAUUAUCUAGGCGGAGAUAUAUCAUUACUAUUUCCAUCUAAUAGCUCAUCUAAUGGCCCGCUUGCCUCCAUUCAAAUACUUGACAUGUCUAGCAAUCAAUUCAAUGGGAUGAUCCGAUCUUCAUUCCUCCAACGAGCAUGGAGCUUGACCAAGCUCAAUGUCAGCAAUAACAGUUUCACGGGCCCUAUUCCUUCCUCUCUUUGCAUCAAUUCUCCAUUUGUCGAGCUACUCGAUUUCUCUCACAAUGAUUAUAGUGGCCAAAUUCCUAAAGGACUUGGAAGAUGUUCUAAACUAAAAGUUUUUCGAGCAGGUUUUAACUCUUUCUUAAGACUGCUACCUCAUGAUAUAUACAAUGCGACAAGGCUGGAAGAAAUCUCCUUACCUUCUAAUCAUAUUUCAGGGCCUAUUAGCAGUGAUGUUGUGAACCUUACCAAACUCACUAACCUUGAGUUAUAUGAAAAUGAAUUGAGUGGCAAACUCCCUCAUAAUAUUGGAAAGCUCUCCAAAUUGGAGUACCUGCUCCUUGAUGCAAAUCACUUAACAGGUUCUUUGCCUCCCUCUUUGAUGAAUUGCACAAAUCUCAUAAAAUUGAAUCUAGAGUUCAAUUUAUUUGGAGGAGAUAUCUCCACCCUUGAUUUCUCUGGUCUUCGUGAACUUACUAUACUUAACAUGGGGAGAAAUGACUUUUUUGGUACCUUGCCAGUUAGCCUUUACUCAUGCAAGUCGCUUCGAGCAAUUCGACUCGCCUUCAACAGGUUAGAGGGACAAAUCCAAACUGAGCUACUUCAAUUGAAACUCUUAUCCUUCCUUUCACUUGCUUACAAUAGGCUAACAAAUAUCACCCGGGCAAUCAAUAUUCUUAUGCAUUGCAAGACUCUCAACGCAGUCUUCCUCGGAGGAAAUUUUCUACACGAGGCAAUGCCAAUGGGUGAUAGUAUGGUUGGCUAUGGUGGAUUUGAAAAUCUCCGACUUUUGGGUCUUCGUAAAUGUCAACUGACAGGUCAACUGCCUAUAUGGUUAUCUAACCUUACAAAGCUAGAACUCUUGAAUCUAAAUUAUAAUUGUAUCACAGGUUCAAUUCCUAAUUGGUUGUCCACUCUUCCAAGGCUCUAUCGUUUAGAGUUGUCUCAUAACCUCAUUUCAGGUGAAUUCUCAAAGGAACUUUGUGCAUUGCCAGCAUUAGCGUCAGAAAAUGCUCCAGCAGACAGUGGUUCUUUCACAUUACCAUUUUUUGUCUACAGAAAUCGUAUCUUUGUCCGAUACAAAUCUUUCUUGAAUCUUCGACCAGCAAUAUACCUUGAUAACAACAAUCUCAGUGGCAACAUCCCGGUUGAGAUCAGCCAUUUGAAGCAACUUCAUUGGCUAGAUCUUAGUCAUAACAACUUCUCGGGCAACAUUCCAGAUCAGAUAUCUGAGCUCAUAAACUUGGAAACACUGGACCUCUCUGCAAAUCAGUUGUCCGGGGAAAUACCACCCUCGCUAACUAGACUACAUUUCCUGUCUCACUUCAGCGUUGCAAACAAUAAUCUCUAUGGACGAAUACCAUCAGGCACUCAACUCCAGACCUUUAAUGCUUCCGCCUAUGAGGGAAAUCCUGGACUUUGUGGCAGCCCACUUCCACCUGAUCGGUGCACCGGUAUUGUCAACGGCAACAAAGACAAGGAAAGUCAAGAUGAGGAAGAUGGGCAUGAUUUUCCAUGGUUUUAUGUUAGUGGGGUGCUUGGCUUCCUCACUGGAUUUUGGGGAGUUUGUGGUCCUUUAAUAUUUAACUAUUAUUGGAGACUUUCAUGUUUCCAAUUCUUGGACAACGUAAACCAUAGUUUGAAUGUGCUAAUAGCUGCCUGUAUGGCCAGAUUGCAUGAAAGGCCUGAAAACUAAAUUAUAUAAUCUUUCUGUAUCUUCUGUUCUCGUAAUGAUUAUGCCAUUAUGGUUAAUUUGCUCACCUACUCUUUGUUUCUUUCUUCUCUCUAAAGCUACGAGGCCAGGGUGGUGGAUGAUUGACUCAUUUCAUACUAUAGUCAUAAAAUCGCAAGAAUUGAAUGAUGAAGAUGGGCUUGGAAUGCCAUGGUUUCCGGCUAGCUAGGGUGGUUGUUGGCUUCAUUACAGGAUUUGGGGAGUGUCAAGGGAUGUAAUUGAGCUGAAUCGAG